UGGAUCGAAUUACACCAUUUGCCGUGCUUGGGUUUGUUUUGCUCUUGCUCUGUCCCGCUGCUGAAAAGGCUGGUGGCGAGUUUCGGGAUUAUACCGAGGAAACCAAAACCUAAGAAGACCGGAUUUUUUUCUCCCCUCUUAUAUAUAUUUUUCUUACCCUGGUGGGUUUCAAGCUUCCUUGCCAGCCUCCCCCCAUGAGGUAGCUAACCAGGAUUUCUGAGGAGGCACUGCUCUUUUUUACUCCCCGUUGGCCAACCAUGAGGCCCCCCCUGCUUUGUGCAUAUAUACUGUUAAUAACCAUCUCCCAGUUGAGGGCAGUCAGCUUUCCUGAGGACGAUGAACCCAUCAAUACCGUUGAUUACCACUAUUCAAGGCAGUAUCCAGUUUUUAGAGGACGCCCUUCAGGCAAUGAAUCUCAGCACAGGCUGGACUUUCAGCUGAUGUUGAAAAUUCGAGACACACUUUAUAUUGCUGGCAGGGAUCAAGUUUAUACUGUAAAUUUAAAUGAAAUCCCCAAAGCAGAAGUGAUACCAAGCAAGAAAUUAACAUGGAGGUCAAGGCAACAGGAUCGAGAAAACUGUGCCAUGAAAGGCAAACACAAAGAUGAGUGCCACAACUUUAUUAAAGUGUUUGUUCCAAGAAACGAUGAGAUGGUUUUUGUCUGUGGCACCAAUGCCUUUAAUCCCAUGUGCAGAUACUAUAGGUUGAAUACCUUAGAGUAUGAUGGGGAAGAAAUUAGUGGCUUGGCAAGGUGCCCGUUUGAUGCCAGACAAACCAAUGUUGCCCUCUUUGCUGAUGGCAAGCUGUAUUCUGCAACAGUAGCCGAUUUCCUGGCAAGUGAUGCUGUCAUUUAUCGGAGCAUGGGCGACGGAUCUGCCCUACGAACCAUAAAAUAUGAUUCCAAAUGGAUAAAAGAACCACACUUUCUUCAUGCCAUAGAAUAUGGAAACUAUGUUUAUUUCUUCUUUCGAGAAAUUGCUGUAGAACAUAAUAAUUUAGGCAAGGCUGUUUAUUCUCGAGUGGCCCGUAUAUGCAAGAAUGACAUGGGUGGCUCCCAGCGUGUCCUGGAGAAACACUGGACUUCUUUCCUCAAGGCCCGACUCAACUGUUCUGUCCCCGGGGAUUCGUUUUUCUACUUUGAUGUCCUUCAGUCCAUUACGGACAUCAUACAAAUCAAUGGCAUCCCCACUGUGGUCGGCGUGUUUACCACACAGCUUAACAGCAUCCCUGGUUCAGCUGUGUGUGCUUUCAGCAUGGAUGACAUUGAAAAAGUAUUCAAAGGAAGGUUUAAAGAACAGAAGACCCCAGACUCUGUCUGGACAGCAGUACCUGAGGACAAAGUCCCAAAGCCAAGGCCUGGCUGUUGUGCAAAGCAUGGCCUUGCAGAGGCUUAUAAAACUUCAAUUGAUUUCCCUGAUGAAACCUUGUCCUUCAUCAAAUCACAUCCUUUGAUGGACUCUGCUGUCCCAUCUAUCAUCGAGGAGCCCUGGUUCACAAAGACUCGUGUCAGGUACAGGUUGACGGCUAUUGCAGUCGAUCAUUCAGCUGGACCACACCAAAACUACACAGUCAUAUUCCUUGGCUCAGAAGCAGGAGUGGUACUUAAGAUCCUGGCAAAGACCAGUCCUUUCUCCUUGAAUGACAGCGUAUUACUGGAAGAGAUUGAUGCUUACAACCAUGCAAAGUGUAAUGCUGAGAGCGAAGAGGACAGAAAGGUUAUCUCCCUGCAGCUGGAUCAAGAUCAUCAUGCCCUGUACGUAGCCUUCUCCAGCUGCGUUAUUAGAAUUCCCCUCAGUCGCUGUGAGCGUUAUGGGUCAUGUAAAAAAUCUUGCAUCGCAUCUCGUGACCCAUACUGUGGCUGGUUAAGCCAGGGAGCCUGUGGUCGUGUGAAGCCUGGGAUGCUGUUGUUAACUGAGGACUUCUUUGCUUCCCAUAACCACAGUGCUGGAGGAUAUGAGCAAGACACAGAAUAUGGCAACACAGCACAACUUGGGGACUGCCAUGAAAUUUUGCCUACUUCAACUACACCAGAUUACAAAAUAUUUGGCGGUCCAACAUCUGACAUGGAGGUAUUCUCAUCUUCUGUUACCACAAUGGCAAGUAUCCCAGAAAUAACACCUAAAGUGAUUGAUUCCUGGAAACCUAAACUGACGAGCUCCCGGAAAUUUGUAGUUCAAGAUGAACCAAACACUUCCGAUUUUACUGAUCCUUUAUCAGGUAUCCCAAAGGGCGUAAGGUGGGAAGUACAAUCUGGAGAUUCCAACCAGAUGGUACACAUGAAUGUUCUCAUCACUUGUGUCUUUGCGGCUUUUGUUCUGGGCGCCUUCAUUGCCGGCGUGGCGGUUUACUGUUACCGUGACUUGUUUGUUCGGAAAUCCAGAAAGAUCCACAAAGAUGCUGAGUCUGCUCAGUCCUGUACGGACUCCAGCGGGAGCUUUGCUAAAUUGAACGGUUUAUUCGAUAGCCCGGUCAAGGAAUAUCAACAGAACAUUGAUUCGCCCAAACUGUACACCAACCUCCUGACUAGUCGUAAAGAGCUACCGCCCAAUGGAGAUACGAAAUCCAUGAUGAUGGACCAUCGAGGCCAGCCUCCUGAGCUAGCUGCACUUCCUACACCUGAGUCCACCCCUGUCCUCCAGCAGAAGACCCUACAGUCCAUGAAAAGCCAGUCUGAUAAGGCACAUGGUGCUUCAAGGAAAGACACUCCUCAGUUUUUCCCUUCUAGCCCCCCUCCCCACUCUCCACUAAGUCAUGGGCAUAUCCCCAGUGCUAUCGUUCUCCCGAAUGCUACCCAUGACUAUAACACAUCUUUCUCAAAUUCUAAUGCUCAUAAAGCUGAGAAAAAGCUUCAAAAUAUUGAUCACCCACUAACCAAAUCAAGCAAAAGAGAUCACCGGCGUUCUGUUGAUUCCAGAAACACUCUCAAUGAUCUCUUGAAACAUCUUAGUGACCCAAGUAGUAACCCCAAAGCCAUCAUGGGAGAUAUCCAAAUGGCUCACCAGACCCUAAUGCUGGAUCCAAUGGGAAAUAUGUCUGAGGUUCCACCUAAGGUUCCAAACCGGGAGGCAUCAUUGUACUCCCCUCCUUCUACUCUCCCGAGAAAUAGCCCAACAAAGCGGGUGGAUGUGCCCACCACUCCUGGGGUCCCAAUGACCUCUCUGGAAAGACAAAGGGGCUAUCACAAAAAUUCCUCACAGAGGCACUCCAUAUCAGCUAUGCCUAAAAACUUAAACUCACCAAAUGGUGUUUUGUUAUCGAGACAGCCUAGUAUUAGUCGUGGAGGAUAUAUGCCUGCCACAGGAGGUGCGAAGAUGGACUACAUGCAGGGAACACCAGUCAGUGUUCAUCUGCAGCCUUCUCUCUCCAGACAGAGCAGUUAUACCAGUAAUGGCACCCUCCCUCGGACGGGAAUAAAGAGGACACCAUCCUUAAAACCUGAUGUGCCACCAAAACCCUCGUUCGUUCCUCAGACUACAUCAGUCAGACCACUGAACAAAUACACCUACUAAGACUUAUGCGUUCUAUUCCUGGGUGUUUUAGCCUGUGCUGGUUGUAGGGAUGAUGUUGGGAGGUGGGUACCUUAAGACAAGAGACUCACUUGUAUUUAAAGAGAACCAAGUGGCCAAAGAAACUGCUUGACUUUGGCAACACCAGAACUUGCCACAUGUAGCUACUGCAAGGCUUCAAAGUACUUGCUUAAGACAAACAAACAAAAAACAAAGGAAGGUGCUGGUCAUUCCAUUUCUUUUGUUUGGAGUUGAGGAGGUGUAGCAAUGGGGCUACUUUACCGUUAUAAAUAGCGAAUACAGUACUCAGAAGAAUCUGUAAGCAAAUACUUGAAAAUGGGUUCAUUUUAGACUGCCGUGACGCGUGGUCUUCCCAUUAAAUGUGAACAUUUAAUAUGUAUGCAUUCACCUUGCCUCUUGCACAAAUGUCAAAAAAAGGAUGGUAAUGUCUCCAAGAAAUGAACUUCUAGGUUACCAAGCAAUUUGCUGAAAAUUCAGUCUCUGGCCCAACUGUAGCAUUUUUUUUUUCAUGUGUGGCAUUUUGUCUGUGCCACCAACAAACUGUGUUGUGAUUGUGCACGUGUGUGCGUGCGUGUGUGUGCGUGCGUGUGUGUGUGUGUUGUGCAUACACUAGGAUCUACUUAGGUACCCAUUGCAUUUUUUUAUGCUAUGGAAUUGUUUACAUUCAGCAUGACUGAACAACAGACACCAAUGUCUUUGUACAGCAGUCCACUGGGUUGAGUUUUGAGAUAGAAAAUGGAGCCAGGAUUCGGGUGAUUUAGCUGGAAUGACGCGGGACCCAGUGCCAGAAUGUAAAAAUCCUAAGGAACUUUGUGCUGCUAUUCAUCCAACCUUCGAUUAUGAUCUUGCCAGUUUUGAGGGAUAGAGGUAUUAAAGAUGAGUCCAUGGUUUUUCCACCAGUAUUUGGGAGCUUAAGCUACCUGUCCACUGUGAAUCCAAACCCCAGUCACUCUAGAAACCUUGGACACACCCAUGCAAGGUUAUGCUUUGGUUCUGUUCAAUAUUACCUUGUAGAAAAAUUCUUCUUCCCUCUCCUAUCGCCCUGUACCCCCACUCAUGCCCACCACCUCUCCCCUUUUUUUUAAAUGUAUGAGAAAGUCAACAAUUGGCCCUACAGAAGCAGUCUGAAAAACUUAACCAGUAGUGCAAUCACUUUCUUUAUGUUGUGUUAUGUGAAGAUUUUUCUCCAAAGUCAUGCAGGUUAUGACAAUUUGCUGUAAAUAUUAUGUGUGGGUUUACCUGAAUCUGUGCAUUUUGUGCCUUAUUCAUGAGAAUGGUAAAAGUACUAGAAUCUGUCCGGUGUUCUCACUAUUCGCACAUCAUUUUCUGAGUGCCAGUUGUGUUUCUCAACCAGCACCUGAAAAGAUUUUUUUUUUUAAACUCAUAAAAUGAUCCAGAAAAAUUAAUGGUUAAAACUUACACACAAACACACAGAAACCAGUCCGACCGUAUGGCUGCGGCCUACCCUUUGCCAUGAUGAACAUUCCACUCCUGUUUUCCUCCAGAUGAAACACUUAGAAUGUGAAAUUAAAUGAGGUUUCCAGGGUAAUGUGACACCUGCCGGGAUCUUGUAAAAGAGAUCAUUUAUGCAGUUUUACUGAAACCACUUGCAGUUGAGGAUGUGCCUCACUGAUGACCGUUUUAGUUAACACGUUGCUUAUUGGAACUAAUGUAGAAAGAACCAAGGCAGAGAGCAUUCAUGGAUUAUUAGAACAAAGAAAAAAAAUUUCAACUUAUCUUGAGAUAAAGCUGAUUUCUAUUACAUUGUGGGGGGUGGGGGAGGAGAAUUUGCUGAAGGCCAAGGUUUUUGUUUCUUGGUUUUUGUUUUUUACACACAAUAUAGAAUAAUGCAAUUAUUCUUUUUCUUAAAGGAUAUUGCUUGAUAAAGAGCAUUAUUUCCUGAGAAGUCUGGAAACCCCAAAGCUGUCUUUGUUCUUAAAACACUUCGAUAGUGCAACUAAAUUAUUGUAGAUUAAUAACGAAUAAAAUCAACCAACCACUACCAAUAAACACUGCUCAGUUCACCCACGACAAAUGUUUGUUUGAAUUCACUUUACCAAUAUUAAUCCUGACUUGUGUAAAACUGAAACAAUACUUGUGCGUGAGCCCUGAUAACUUUCUGUAACAUUGUGCUGCCUUGUAGAGUGUAAUGUGAGUUCUAUCAGUAUUUAUGUUGAAAUUUCUAACAUUCAAUCUAGUCUCAAUUCUGUUAAUUUAAUUUUUUUUAAAUGCUUUAUCCAUUUGUGCAAAGGUAAACACAGAUUGUAUCUUUUUUAAUGGUACGGCAUAAAAAAGUAACCCUAAAUUGAAGUUACUCUAUACUGUUUUAUAGAGUACUUUAACAUGUAUAGAUAUCUUGUAAACUUGUAUUGUGGAUGUGUAAAUACUAUGUACUUUGGGUUUUUAACACCGCAUGUAAAGUCAAAAUAAAAUAUUCAACUCGAUUA